AUGUAUCUUCUGGUCUAUGUUGAUGAUAUCAUUCUGGUUAGCUCCUCUGCUGCAGCUACGGAUCGUCUCAUUGUGGCUCUUGGUUCUGAUUUUGCUAUCAAGGAUCUUGGCAAGCUACACUAUUUCCUUGGGCUCGAGGUCACUUAUCCGGGUGAUGGCCUUGCUCUUUCACAGCAGAAGUACUCUCAGGAUCUGUUACGGCGUGCUGGCAUGCUUGAAUGCAAGGCUGCUACUACGCCUAUGUCUUCCACUGACACUCUGUCUGCUACUGAUGGUACUCUGCUGUCUGCUGCUGAUGCUACUGAGUAUCGGAGUGUUGUCGGGGGUCUUCAGUACCUCACCAUCACUCGGCCUGAUGUCUCCUAUGCAGUUAACCGUGUCUGUCAGUACCUUCAUUCACCACGGGAUACUCAUUGGUCUGCUGUCAAGCGCAUCCUGCGCUAUGUUCGUUCCACUCUCACAUUUGGACUUCACCUGAGGCCGGCACCUUCAGCUGUGCUCUCGGCCUUCAGUGAUGCGGAUUGGGCUGGUAACCCAGAUGACCGACGAUCAACGGGGGGCCAUGCAGUCUUCUUUGGUCCUAACUUGAUCAUCUGGAGUGCACGCAAGCAAGCUACAGUGUCUCGGAGUAUAACCGAAGCUGAGUACAAGGCUGCUGCUAAUGCCACCGCGGAGCUCAUUUGGGUCCAAUCUCUGCUGUGUGAGUUGAGGAUUGCCCAGAGACAGCCACAUGUUCUUUGGUGUGACAACAUCGGUGCUACAUACUUGUCCUCAAACCCAGUCUUUCAUGCUCGAACGAAACACAUUGAAGUUGAUUAUCACUUUGUGAGAGAACGAGUUACCAAGAAGCUCCUCCAGAUCAGGUUUAUCUCAUCCAAAGAUCAACUUGCUGAUAUCUUCACCAAACCAUUGUCGCUUCCGUUGUUCACAGGAUGUAGACGCAAUCCUAACUUACUGAAUACUUCAGAUCACAGUUAA